CGCCGCCAUAUCUGACACAUUGUUUCGGUUGAUGUGGAUGUGGGUGAAGGCUAUGUGUGGCAGGGUAGGGGAGAGGGUUUCCGCAGGUUCCAGUAGCAGCGGCCCCUGAGACAAAACUGAGGCCCUGGCCCCUUUGUUCCCCUGCUCCAAACAACUGGGGUUCACCAUAGGUCAUUUAUGUAACAUCAUGACGACUAACUUCUUAACUACGCAUCAUAUUCGCCCAGAGGGUGGGAGCAGCAGAGAGGUGGGGGUACUCGGCUGUAGAACUAGCAGGCGGUGCCUUUGUAUCUAAAUGUGGACUUAUUUUCCCCACCCAGACCUUCAGCUACAAAAGACACGGCUGUGGGUCGAAGUGAGCUGUGGCAUAUAACCAGCUCGACGCCUAAAAAAAAAAAAAAACAAUCUUCGGCCUUAGCUUUUAGCCACCAUGACUGUACUAUGGAGGAAGCCAUGUCUCUCUAUAUGGCCUAAUCUUUACCCGCACGAGCAAGGAGGGCAUUAAGCGCAUGUGUGGCCUCGUCGUGUUGCAUAAAAGCCCCAGCGCAGUACACAAGUACAGUACAGACUGGAGCGAGCAAGCACUACAAACCAGGGGUCUCUGCCUGUGUGCCCAUGCGCGCGCCCAUGUAGACUACACACGCGCUCAUCUGGUGAAUACCCUAGGAUGAGAAGGGGAUGCCCCCCUCCUCCUCUCUCUAACCUACUCCAAAUAGACCACGUGGUUUCCUCUUUGCAAACAAAAAAAAAAAAAAAAAAAAAAAAACGCGAAUUGGAGUCGGCGGAGGGGCGGCGUCACCCCGCUGCCGGCAGCAGGCGGAUCGGUGAAAGAGGGGAAGGGUAGAAAACUAGAGAGAGAGGCGGAGAGAGAGGAAAACAUUUUUCCCGAUCUGAUCCCGCCAUAGUUUUUUCCCACUCUUCCACCACAGACCCAUCACCAAAUCCAUCCAGUACAACCCACCUCCUCCACAGUGCGAUAGAGAGGCUAUAGGCUGCUGCUUUAUUCGUCUGCUGGGGCCGGGCUGCAAGUCAAGGGAUUCAUUUCUCCUCCUGCUCCACUUAUUCUACUGGAUUUACGGCUAAAUUCAACGUUACCAUCUGGCUUUACACUUCUAAAAUCUCAUUUUUUUUAUUUUACUUUCCUAACGAGAAUUUACGUUUCUUCCGUUCUGUAUUUCUUUAAAAAUAUUUUUGAGAUAUUCUUGCCCUCUAGCGUGAUUUCCACUUUCAGUUAGUGUGACACUAUCUUGUUGCGCUAUUAGCAGAUUCAGGAGAUAAACUUUUUUUCGCUGGCUUAAAUUCUAGCAUUUCCGGGCUUUGUUUUUUUUUUCUUCGUUUUUCUGGACUUGGAAAAACAAUUUCCACCAUGCACAAGCUAUACAUUGGGAAUCUAAGCGACAACGUGACUGCCGAGGACUUAGGGAAAACCUUUGACGACCACAAGAUCCCAUACUCCGGACAGUUUCUAAUGAAAACCGGCUAUGCGUUUGUGGAUUGUCCGGACGAUCAGUGGGCCAUGAAGGCUAUCGAGACGUUUUCUGGUAAAGUGGAACUUCAGGGGAAACGUAUUGAAGUCGAGCACUCCGUCCCCAAGAAGCAAAGGACCAGGAAACUGCAGAUCAGAAACAUUCCACCUCACCUGCAGUGGGAGGUGCUGGAUGGUCUGUUGGCCCAGUGUGGGACCGUCGAGAACUGUGAACAAGUGAACACAGACAGUGAAACUGCUGUGGUAAAUGUCACAUAUGCAUCCCGGGAGCAUGCCAGGCAAGCCAUCCAGAAGCUGAAUGGUUACCAGUUCGAGAACAAUGCCCUGCGUGUCUCCUACAUCCCUGAUGAGAACUCUGAGUUGGAGGGAAGCCAGAGGGGGUCCGAUUAUGGCCGCAGACCUGGCUAUGGCUCCCGAGGCGGACCCCGCGGUGGUUCCCCGAGCUCAGGGAUGCCACCCAAAACUCAGCACGUGGACAUCCCUCUGAGACUGCUGGUACCAACACAGUACGUCGGCGCCAUCAUUGGCAAGGAGGGAGCCACCAUUCGUAACAUCACCAAGCAGACAGCGAGCAAGAUUGACGUGCAUCGCAAAGAGAACGCAGGUGCUGCUGAGAAGCCGAUCAGCAUCCACUCCACCCCUGAAGGCUGCUCGGCCGCUUGCCGCAUGAUCCUGGACAUCAUGCAGCAGGAAGCUAAAGACACCAAGACUGCUGAUGAGGUUCCUCUAAAGAUUCUGGCUCACAAUAACUUUGUUGGACGCCUGAUUGGUAAGGAGGGGCGGAACCUGAAAAAAGUUGAACAGGACACAGACACCAAGAUCACCAUCUCACCUCUUCAGGACCUGACACUGUACAAUCCAGAGAGAACCAUCACAGUCAAAGGCCCGAUUGAAGCCUGCUGCCUAGCUGAGGUGGAGGUCAUGAAGAAGGUCAGAGAGGCCUAUGAGAACGACAUCGCUGCAAUGAAUCAACAGACCCACCUGAUACCUGGGCUCAACCUGGGUGCUCUGGGCCUCUUCCCCUCCUCCUCCAACAUGCCACCACCCCCACCUGGAAACUCCACCUCUGGUGCUCCCUAUGGUUGCUUUGGGGCUCCAGAGCAGGAGACUGUCCAUGUAUACAUCCCAGCACAGGCAGUGGGAGCCAUCAUUGGAAAGAAAGGUCAGCACAUCAAACAGCUGAGCCGCUUCGCUGGGGCCUCCAUUAAGAUUGCCCCAGCUGAAGCUCCAGACUCUAAAAUGAGGAUGGUGAUUGUGACAGGACCCCCUGAGGCCCAGUUUAAGGCUCAGGGCAGAAUUUAUGGCAAACUGAAGGAGGAAAACUUCUUUGGACCAAAGGAGGAGGUCAAACUGGAGACUCACAUCAAGAUGGCCGCUGCCGCUGCAGGGAGGGUCAUUGGCAAGGGAGGCAAGACGGUGAAUGAACUGCAGAACCUGACCGCAGCUGAAGUGGUGGUCCCCAGGGAACAGACACCAGAUGAAAAUGACCAGGUCAUCGUCAAGAUCAAUGGACAUUUCUACGCAAGCCAGUUGGCUCAGAGAAAGAUCCGGGACAUCCUGACCCAGGUCAAACAGCCACAGAAAGGUGGGAUGGGCAUGGGCUCUGGCUCAAACCCCCAGGGCUUCACAGAGAUGGGCAGCCCUACACAAGGACUGACUCAGGAUCAACAGCCACGCAGGAAGUGAGGAUCCCCACAACCUCCUCACAUGCCGUGGGCCCCCCAACACCUGACGGACAGACGGAUAGACACAUGCACGGACGGAUAGACAGACAAACGGACGGACACAGGAGAGCGACACACGGACCCAGCGAUAGACAGGGAGAGAUAUAAAGAGGGAGGGAGUACGCCCGAUCGCCAGAGAGAAAGAUCAGAGUUUAGAGAGAAAGAGAGGAGAUGAAUAAAAUCACAAAGAAGAAAUGAAUUAAAAAAGAGGAUAACGACAAAAAAGAAACUUGAGAACAGAAACCAGAUGCCAGGCCAGAGGAGAGACUGAUUGAGGAUGGAGGGAUGAAGGAAAGGAGGGAUGGGAAGAGGGAGGGGCGGCAUCCUCCCAGUGUGCCUUGAUAGGGCUGAAGCCAGGUCCUCUUCUGCUGCAGCUGUAACAGAUCCAGAUCAGGCAGGUUUAAACAAUACAACCUACAUUACUCUCCUUGUUAGGAUAGAGCCUUUACGCUGUUGUUUGCACCUGUCCACAUGGGUACAGAUGUACAGCAGAGGGGAGAGGCUGGCUGAACAAAUCUUUGUUUCCUGAGACACACUAGCAGGGGCCCGUUUGUUCCUCUGUCACCCUCUAUGCACCUCUCCAACCAUCUGCAGUCAGUCCUAUAUUUUAAGGGUGGUUUUUUUAAACAUAGAGAUAUAUGUAUAGAAAUGUUUUAUUCAGAGCUAUUAUUGAUAGAAUGCAGUGAGGCGGAGCCGGGAGAGGGAGCAGGGAAACUGCUGCAGUGGCACAGGGGGUAGGUCACAGGUCUGGCAUAAGCCCCACCCACUGCUAACCCCCUAGCCAAUGAAAGUCUAGCAGAGGGGCCGCAGAUGUUAACACUGCUCUUUAAAGACCUCUCCGAAUAGCGGAGGGAUAAGAAAAAAAGGAGAAAAUGAGGUUGUAAAUAUAAUCUUCAUGUAAAUGUUAAGAAGUGCUGCGUCUGGCCGCCUUGCCUUUCUCUAAAGGGGUCUUCUGUAUAUUUCCCAGUCCCUUGUCUAUGAUAUGUAGCAUAAUGUAGCCUACAACGAGGCCAGGGGCUGGGGAGGCACUGAGAACCCCCUUCCACGUUUUGCCGUGUGGUGGAAGGCGCAGCAAGAGACAGUAAGGGGAGCGGAGGUCGCAGCGGGUCCUGCAGUUCUAUUGCAGCGGCUUAGCUAAGACAUGCUAAACCUUUAUAAACAACUUUAUAAAAACAGCCAGUAGCUAUGCUAGGUGGCUAGCGGCCCGCAACCUAAACGGCAUAUUUUAUAUAUAUUAUAUAUAUAUGAUAUGUGAGUUAGCCCGGCCCCUCGGGUGAAUGUAUUGAAGGCAGCGAGGACAGGUCAGGUGUGAGGAUUUGCUACACCUGUAUGAAUUAGUCCUGCAAUGACAGACAGACAAGGUGUGUCUGAGACUUUCUGCUCAUUGCCUUCCUCCAGCGCUGGAUAUUCAAGGCCAGUCUUGGACAGGAUGUCUUUCUCUUCAGAGACCAUCCUGGCAUUAAAGCCAUCCUUGUUCAUUUGGACCAACAUGGCCUCUAAUGUUUGUAUUGAUAAAAAAUGUUCAAGACUGGCCUUGGCCGAGCGCGGGAACCAAACAGGCGAAGUCUUCCAAAGUUCCUUGCCUCGAGCUCAGAGAGGGUAAAAUCAGUCUGAAGGGGAGCGGCUUCCUCGUUCUCUCUCCCAAUCUGCCAAAGGCCUGUCGGCAGAGCCUCCAGACCCCGCCUGCGUAUGAUAAUGAGGGGCGGGGUCUAAAUCUGGACGCUCUCGCCAAGAUUAGAUCAGAUUAGAGAAGAAAUGAAAAAGAAAAAACCUACCUCAGGGUAAAGUUACCUCAGUAUUACUAACUUUUUUUUUGCUUGCUGGUGUUUUAUAUAAGAAGAAAAAAAAGAAAAUAAGAGCUGAUAGUCCUGAAUAUUUUUUAUUUUUUUAAUGAAAAAAAGUAUUUUUUUUUAGGUAUUGUCUUGUUGCUUUGGUUAUUUUUUUCUGUUUUUUUGGUGUGAUGAUGGUCGAAUGAGCUCAGGAUGACGAGGAGGUUAUGUUUUCUCCCAAAGCAGAGAGAGAUGAAAUGCUGGUCUAGAGAGGAAAUGGGUCGAGUGCCAUUUUGCCUUUUUUAGGUGAGGAAACAUACUCUCUGUCUUCCUGAAGUGUGAUUGGAACAGCCGUUGUCUGAAAUGGAGCAUUGGUCUAUGGGGAGUGGUGUUAACUCGAGGGGGGGGUCCUGAAGUGCAUACGGUGACCCAAUACGCCAAUGGAUGUUCCUUUUCCAGAGCUCAUGUCAUCCCAGGGGUGAUAGUGAUGAUACCAUUCUCUUGGCAAGUGGCCCACCCUGUGCCCUGAAUGACCUCCCUCUCUUGCCUUAUUGUGAUGACAUCAUCAUGAAGCGCCAAACAUUAUAAGAGGGCUUUAAGUGUUCAAGAAGUUAAGUUUCUCACCCACAAAGAAGACACGUGAGAGUGAGCUUCAGCCACUUUCCACCCAGUGUUACUUUGCCCCUCUCAUCUGGAGGUUAGGAACUUGUCAGAUCAGAGUUGUGUUGAACACAGCAGUAGAGUUCCAUCUACAGUGUAACUGUGCAUGGAGACAAAGAGAGCAUUCUACCUACACACAAGCCUGAACUAGCUCUGACUUCUCUGAAUGUGAAUAUUUAUUACCUGUGCACUGACCACGACACCUCAGAUGCUCCCUCUUGGCUACAUGUGUGCCUGGUGCGUGCUUGUGUGUGUGUGUGUGUGUCUGUGUGUGUGCGUGUGUGUGUGUGUGUGUGAGAGAGAAAGAGAGUGAGAGAGAAAGGAAAAGAAUGUGGAUGUGUGUGUGUGCACACGCACACGUGUGUUUGUGUUAACUGGUUUUAAAUGUUCAUUUUUGUCGGGGAUAUGGUUGGGUGAAACUUUAGAAAAAGCAGAAAAAAGUAGGACGAGAACCUAUGGCCCUCCGUCUGCAUUCCAACUGGCUGCGGAGGGAGAAAUCCAAGACGCUUUGAAAAAUGGGAGCAAAAGAGAAAAGCAAGAGAGUUUAAACAACGUAACAGAGCCAAGUAAUGGAUUUAAACCUGUAUAUAAGAUGUGAAAAAAGGUGAUCACAGUACUUUUUGUAUUUUUGGAGAAAAAAAGCAUAAAAAAUCAGAUUGGGAAAAGCUGUGUAGACAGGAAAGAUUGCUCCAAGCCAAGUCACUGAAGGACACUGCCAGAUAACUCACAAUCUUUUUAAUGUCUUACCUGCACUCGGCGACAUACACCGCCAGUGGUCAUCAGCAACACCACCAGCUCACCAUCAAACAGGGAAAAGUCUAUUCUAUUGUGUCUAUGCUUCCAUUUUUGUCCAGAGAUGGUAACUUCACAGAUCAACAUGCUUGUCCUGUGUUAAGUUUCCACCUCUUUCCAAACCAUAGAGCUCUGUUCACAACCACCAAGACACGCUAUUAAGAAUUCAUUAUUCAGCCUGCAGCCAUUUGGAUUGGUUAGGAUUCAUUUCUCUUAUUUUGUUUUUGGUUGUAUUAAGUUUUGACAAUACAGCAAGCUUUAUUUGGACAUGACAUCUGGGACGUACUGUUGCACUAAUUGAUGAAAUAUGUCGACAACGUCAAACUAUCAUAAGGACUGAGAAUGUCCUGUAACACCUGAUGCAAUUCUUUAAAGAAAGAAAGGUGGAGAGGGAAGGAAAGAGGAGAAGAAAGGACAGGAGGAGGCAAGGAAAGAGGAUGAGUUGGGGAUGAGGUGUUGAAAAAAACCUUCUCCCUCCACCACCUACUUUCUUGUUGUUUCCUCUUCGGUCCUUCCACAGAAGAAUUUCAAACUCUCUCCUUGUCGGUUUUUGACCUUUCUGUACUCCAGGAGAAGAGUGAGAUGUUUUUAUUUCCUUCUAUUAAAGAAAAUCAUUUCAUUUUUGGGAGUGGGCGGGAACAAGGGUCCCUCGCCCUCUCUUGCGCUGGUCUCCAUCGUGUUCGUUUUGCUCACUUCUGUUCAAGACCUUUUGAAUCUCUUACUUUAAAAAACUUUUUUUUCUUUCUUUCUUUUUUUUUUUUACAAUCGAUAUUUUGACUCUUUUUGGAAAAUGAAAAAUAGUUUAAUUUGAUCACAUUUUGUUUUUUUUCUUUUUCGAAUGCACAAAUCUAUUAACAAAACAACUACUAAAUACAAUGAACUACUAACAUGUAGCUCAGUACAUGACAGUAACUGUGCCAAACACACAGGAGGUGGCUCAGUCCAAAAUGCAGUAUAGAGCCAUUUUGAGCAAAUAACCUGUAAUACUGGAUGAAUAGAAAAGGUCUUAAGAUAACUUCAGUAGUAUUCAGAGAGAAGAUUAGUACAUUAAGAUGGUGAUAUCUCAUCUUGGAACUGAACUCUUCUCACUUUGUUUUUGUAUGUACAGUAGAGAUAAUACAUGUUCUGGUUGCUGUGUCUGAGACACACACCAUGUAUACUACUCCUGCUCUGUGGCGGUAAGAACGGCUCACACAAAUCUAAGCCUGCAUCCUGACUGGGACAGAAAUCAUUGGGCCUUUGGGGUGUGUCAUCAGAUCUGGAUCAUUUCUGGGCCCCAAAAUGAACCCUCUGUCCUUUUUUAUGCAAGUUGCGUGAUGUACUGAUAAGUUGUAUCAGUUAGGACAGAGUUUGGCAGUGUGAGGUGCCACACAGUGUAAAAAGAAAAUCAUUAUAGUUACCACGCUAAAAUGUAAGCAUCAAACUUUUGUUGUAACAAGCUCAUUCCAAAACUUUUUCAAGGACAAUACCAGUGUAUGUUUUAUCCCAUAUUUUAUAACUUACAGCUGAGCAUUUUCUAAAACAUCAUAUACCAUGUAUGUCUAAACCUGACGCCAUAUUUGGGAUGUCCAUGCUCUGGGCAAAAGUUUGCCAUUGGUUCCUACCAGGCAAAAAAUCUGCCAAAGGUGUUAUUAUGGUUUGUUGAUAUGAAUUACUUAAAAUAACUACACAUAAAUGGGCUCUGUGGAACUGCUGUGUUGUGUUGGAAGGCAGUCGUCUAUUUUUAAACUAACAUUAGCUUGCUAUUGCUAAAUGUCCACUCCUUUCACUCGCAGGCAGUGCACAGGUUAUGAGGGCUGUUCAGUUGGCAGUAGUCCAUACAGCGUGCUUUAGAAAAUGCCCAGCACUAAUGUCAAAUACGUGCGGUGAACUCACUGCUGUUGUCUUUCUCUUUUAAAAGAUUGGAAGCUUGUAAAUUCAGACUUUUGGGUAAACUAUCUUACCCAACUUCUUGUUUGAGUACAGCUUUGCUUUCUCAACUUUACAACAUGUAGCUCAGCCCUGACAGACAGAAAAAAAGACAGACAUACAGACAGACAGACUCCAAGCUCUUGCGAGGACAGUUUGCAAUGAAAGGAUGCAAACCCCUCCUUUUUGUUAACCCCCCCCGUCCCUGAACAGAGACGGGCUCCAAGUCUCGACAAAUUUUCAAGUAAAACUCAACAGAGGGACACCAUGUCGAGACGAAACAAACAAACCUCUUGACACAUAACUAGGAACGCUACCUCAAAACAUAAGCAAACUCAGCUAGAAGAUUGUUUUUUUUUUUUUCUUUGAACACAAACAGACAAGAGCAAACAGUCAGUCAGACAGACACACAGACAUACAGGACGGACAGUCUAUGUUAUAGUCACAGUUUUGUUUUUGUUUUUCCACUUCAACUUUAAUUUAUUUUUCGGGUCUUGAAAUUUUACCUCUCCAGCUUAGAGAUGGGACUGUAAAAAUAAAUGAGUAAAUAAGAAAAAAUGACAAAAAAGACAAAAAAACCCAAUAUUGACACAUUGUGGUGCGGGGUGGCGUGGGCAGGCAGGACGAGGGUUUUCUUCAUGUGUUGGGUGGAAUCUUGGGUAACGUGGUCCAUGCACGGCCCAGUCAUAACGAGGUGUUAUCUUUGUUCUGGGAACGGUUUCUAUUUUACAACUUAACUGUUCAAAGCUGCUCCUAGUCAGUCACUCAUUCUGAAUCAGAACUUGACACCUCAACUUUUUUAACCUGCGUCUGCCCGCUAAAAUGACCCACAAUCCUCAUUCAGCUCUGCCCUGCAGCUCCACUUCCCCUCCCUGUGAUUUCACCUCCUGAAUCAAGGGGCACAACACCUGUAACCAUGUAAUUGUUUUGUUGAUCUACCUCUUAAAAAAAAAUAGGUAAAUGGUAAAUUUUUUUUGAAAAAGGACACAAAAAUACAAAAAUAACAAAAAAAAAAAGUUGCUCGAAAGAAAUAUAGGUAAAUGAAUAACUGGGUAGCGGCAUCUCCAUAUACUGUAGUGGAUAGUUUAUUAAAGGAAAAACUUUUACUUCUUCCAAAGAUGAUUUUGUUUUCUUUCUCCAUUCAUAGUUACUUUUCAGGAUUUUGAAAUUGAAUAAUGAUCUUAAAGGGGGAGACAAAAACUUACCACCUGUUUUUAAUUUUCUUGUUUAAAAAAAAAACCCAACAUAAAUGAGAUUUCUUUAUCCAAUUUGCAUUUUCUUUUGUUCAUUUCAUUAAACUUACACUUUUUUUAAACUUCAGAAUUAUUCGUCAUGUUUUAUUUUGGUUGACUUCUAAUUUUUUUCUCUCUUUUUUUUUUUAUGACAGCAGAUUGUAUCUCUUGUGUUCGGGUGCAUUUAGCAUUUUUCUUUCUCUCUGUGAAAAGCCUACAUUAAUUAGAGCGCCCUGCGAGGACCUUCUACACUAAUCAAUGAUCUAUUUUCACUUCUAAUGAGUCGUUUGAAAAAGCAAAAGGACCUGUUGUUUUAGCUGACUGUGUUGCUGCAGGUGGAAGGAGGAAGGCCCUGUAUCAUUUCUGUCCUUCUUGUGCCACCCUGAACUGGAGAAAGAAAUAGUCUAAUCUGAUCAGGACUCAGCCUCCUAAACUGAAAUUAUUUGACAUGCAGCCGUGACAAGACUGUUGGCUCAUGGCCCAGCUGCUGAAGUGAGCGUGAGAAGGUUUGAGGCUUCCUCCUUCCACCAGAUGGCGCCUUUGGUCUUUACAGUAUAUGGACUUUCACCCUCUGCCUGCCUGAUUCCUUUAGUCCUCAUCAACACUUGUUUUAAACUCCUUGUAAACAAAACAGAGCAUAGAUAUGAAUGUGUUAUUAAAAGAUAAGAAAACGGA